AUGAUUGCUAUGCUCUGCUCAUAUCCACGUUGUUUAGAUCAUCUGAAAAGUUUUGGAAGUCAUUGCUAUCGUAAUUACUUUACUGUUUUAGGGCUUUUCUGCGUUUAUUUUCUACAUACGAUUUUUGCAAGCUCGCAAUACUUUUCUUUGCUAGUCCCAAUCAGAUCUUAUUCAAGUUCAGUACCUUUAACUGCUGAAACUUAUGCUGAUAAAGUUCAACGUAAUCAAGCUUAUAAAAAAUUAGAUGAAGGAGAUCUUGCCUAUUUCCAAUCGAUCUUAGAACCUAAUCAAAUUAUUUCUAAUAAUGAAGAUGAUUUAGCCUUUUAUAAUGAAGAUUGGAUGAGAAAAUAUAGAGGACAAUCUAAAUUAUUAUUAAAACCUAAAACAACUGAACAAGUUAGUGAAAUAUUGAAAUAUUGUAAUAGUAAUAAAUUAGCUGUUGUACCUCAAGGUGGUAACACUGGUCUUGUAGGUGGUUCAAUACCUGUAUUUGAUGAAAUUAUUUUAUCAUUAUCAUCUUUAAAUAAAAUAAGAUCUUUUGAUAAUGUUAGUGGUAUUUUUAAAUGUGAUGCUGGUGUCAUCUUAGAAACUGCCGAUCAAUACUUGGCUGAACAGGGUUAUAUUUUCCCAUUAGAUUUAGGUGCUAAGGGUUCAUGUCAUGUUGGUGGUGUAGUUGCUACAAAUGCAGGUGGUUUAAGAUUAAUAAGAUAUGGUUCAUUACAUGGAACCGUAUUGGGUUUAGAAGUAGUUUUAGCUGAUGGUACCAUUGUUAAUUCAUUAGAUUCUUUAAGAAAGGAUAAUACAGGUUAUGAUUUGAAACAAUUAUUUAUUGGAAGUGAAGGAUCACUUGGAGUUAUCACUGGUGUUUCCAUUUUAUGUCCAGCUCGUCCUCAGGCUGUUAAUGUUGCAGUUUUAGCAGUUGAUUCAUAUGAAUCUGUACAAAAAGUAUUUAAUGAUGCUAGAAAGGAAUUAUCAGAAAUCUUAUCGGCUUUUGAAUUUAUGGAUGAGACUUCCCAAAUCUUAGUUUCUAAAUAUCUUAAACUUGAUCACCCAAUUGAAAGUGAUUCAUAUCCAUUUUAUAUCUUAAUUGAAACAUCUGGUUCAAAUAAAGAACAUGAUGAUGAAAAAUUAGAAACUUUCUUAGGUAAUGCUAUGGAAAAUGGAAUUGUUCUUGAUGGAAUCAUUGCUCAAGAUGAAACUCAAUUAAGAUCCUUAUGGAAUUGGAGAGAAAAUAUCCCUGAAGCAUCUCAAAUGCAAGGUGGAGUUUAUAAAUAUGAUGUUUCUAUUCCAUUAAAAGAUUUAUAUGGAUUAGUUGAAGCUGCUAAUGAAAAGUUAGAGGCUGCAGGAUUGGUUGAUUUUGAAGAUAUUUCUAAACCUGUAGUUAAAGCUGUAGGAUAUGGACAUAUUGGAGAUGGAAAUUUACAUUUAAAUGUUGCAGUUAGAAAAUAUUCUAAAGAAGUUGAAAAAGUAUUAGAACCAUUUGUUUAUGAAUGGAUUCAAUCAAAGAAAGGUUCUAUUUCUGCUGAACAUGGUUUAGGAUUUCAAAAGAAAAAUUACAUUCAAUACUCUAAAUCUCCAGUUGAAAUUGCUUUAAUUAAAGAUAUUAAGCAUCAUUAUGAUCCAAAUGGAAUUUUAAAUCCAUAUAAAUAUGUUUAA